AUGGAAACAAAAAAUAUGCUUUAUCUGGUGACCGAGUACGCUGCAAAUGGUGAAAUAUUUGAUUUGAUAGCAAAACAACGACGUUUAUCGGAAGAGUCUGCGCGACUGAAGUUUAUACAGAUUAUAUCUGCUGUUGAUUAUUUGCACAAAUUAAAAAUUGUUCAUCGAGAUCUCAAGGCAGAGAAUUUGCUGCUUGACGCAAAUCUGAAUAUUAAAAUAGCCGACUUUGGAUUCAGCAAUUUUUACAGUAAUAGUGGUACACUGGAUACGUUUUGCGGAUCUCCGCCUUAUGCGGCUCCUGAAGUUUUUGAGGGCAAACGAUAUACUGGUCCUGAAAUUGAUGUUUGGAGUCUUGGCGUGGUUUUAUAUGUUUUAACCUGCGGCGUCUUACCGUUUGAAGGAUCGAGCUUGCAGGCAUUACGUGACCGUGUGCUCAGUGGUCGUUUUCGAAUUCCUUAUUUCAUGAGCACUGACUGCGAAAAUGUGAUAAGGCGAAUGCUCACACUGGAUCCAAAGAAACGGGCAACGAUCGAGCAAGUCAAAAAGCAUCGUUGGUUGGAGUGUGAACUAAAAAAGUGGAACGACACUCAAACGUUUGUAAUGCAUUAUGACGCAAGUGAACCACAGCAUCAGAUCCUGAAAUUGAUGCAAAGUCUAGGAAUUGACUGCAAUCGAACUUCACUGAAAAACGAAUCAUAUGAUAACUUCAUGGCAAUUUACUUACUACUGUACGACCGUUGGCGUUCUUCAUCAGCAUGCAUGGAUCCGCGCGGAGCAGCACGCGUUGAGGUUGAUUUACAACGGAGUACAUCAUCACGAGCAGCAUUUAGCUCUGCAGAAAUGCUUUCCAGUGAUUCGACUGGGUCCGAUUCACUUGUUUCACCAUUCGAGUCAUUCGAUUCACAAACUGAAACGGACAUUUUGUCGAGCUUUUCGUCAAGUCCUCCAAACAGUGAAGGCAGAGCAUGUGGAUUAAAUAUAUCGGCUCUGGUGAAUAUAAGGAGUCCAGCGAGUCCAGCAGCCUCGGAAGGAAGUCCAUGUGCGAGCCCGCAACCGACAACAUUUGGUGACGGCUGGCGAGCAAGUGACAAUUCCGUGUUCCUCUCUUUGCAUGAUCCAUUUCCCACUGGGCAACUAAGCAAAAUGACCAAAGCUAUGCACGAAAUCUUCAGACCUUCAACAUCACAGGUUGAUAAGCAGCUGCAGAAGCUUCGAAUAACACCAGCAAAACCAGUAAUAGAAAGGCGUCGUCACAUGUUGGGUGCAGUGCCGAAGCGCAUAUCUCUCCCGGAAAACUUGGAAUUUCAACCGCAAAAAUUGCUGAACAUUAAGCAGAGUAUACACGUGGAGAAGCGAUUAGGUGCUGUAACGCAAGAAGUCAAUCCAGAAGCCAAAUCCGCACUCAAAGUGCGCUUUAAGCAGAAGCAAAUGAAAACUCGUAUGCAACUAUUUCGUCAGCAGGUUACUUCCAAUACAUUUACAACUGUCAGUUUUCUUCCGUAA